AUGGCGGCUUCAGGGGAGGAGACGCUGGUAGGGCAGCUGUGCCAGGAGGCCACCUGCCCGAUCUGCCUGGGCUUCUUAGAGCAGCCGAUGGUCCUUUUCUGCGGGCACACUUUCUGCCGCCACUGCCUGGCCCAGCUGGGCACUGAGGCUUCCUGCCCCCAGUGCAGAGUCAGGGUGGAGCCUGUCAGCACCUACCCCAACCAGCCCCUGGCCAACAUCGUCUGCCAUUUAAAGAGGCAUCGGCUGUCGGAGGGAGCCCAGGAGGAGAGCAGCACCCAAUGGCUGUGCCAGGAUCAUGGGCAGCCCCUGCAGAUCUUCUGCUCCAGCGAGAAGAGCCUCCUCUGCCUUGCCUGCUUGGGGAAGCACCAAGGCCACCCCCUUCUCUCUCUGCCUGAGGCUGCCCAGGAGUACAAGGACUUGCUGGAUGGCCUCCUGGAGCCCCUGAGAAAGGAGGAGCAGAAGCUGCUGGAGCAGAGGCAGGCCGAGGAACAAAGCUGGCAGGAGUUUCAGGAGCUACUUGCUGCCGAGAAGCAGAAGGUGGUCCUGGCGCUGGAGUCCCUGCAGGAGCUGCUCCGAGAGAGGCAGCCGGUCUGGCUGGGCUGGCUAGCUGAGCAGGAGGAGAAGAUGCAGGCCGAGUGGGCCCUGGCCAAACUCUCCAUGGAGACCUCCCGCCUGCAGCAGCUGAUAGCCCAGAUGGAGAGGAAGUGCCGCCAGCCAGAUGGGGAAUUCUUGCAGGACAUCCAGGACACCGUAGACAGGUGCCAGAGUUACGUGGCGGGGUCCAUAGAGAGCGCCUCUCCCAGGCUGCAAGUCAGACUCCAGACCCUCUUGGAGAAAAACGCUUCUGUAAGGCGGAUUGUGGACAAUUCCAAAGCCUCUCUGCAGGCGAUGCAGGAAUUGAUCCAGGCGUUCCACGACAUGGUUGUCCCAUGCACAUUGGGCAUCAUGCAUCACCUCACAAACUUGCAGGACGUGGUUGAUCGUCUUUAG